AUGUCGGCUGCCGAUAAGCCGGAGUCGCAGUUCCAGAACGUUGGAGAUCUGGUGGAGCAGAAUGAGGACACUGGUGUUAUGCAAGUUGAGAGUCUCUGCAUGAAUUGCCACGAGAAUGGUACUACUCGCCUACUACUCCUCCGUGUUCCGUUUUUCCGUGACCUUAUUCUCGAAUCCUUUGAGUGCCCGCACUGCUACUUCAAAAACAACUCCGUGAAGUCUGCUGGACAGAUCCAGGAACUAGGAAGCAAAUAUACUCUUGAGGUGGAGAAUGUCGACGAUCUCCAACGCCAAGUUAUCCGCAGCGAUGUUGCCAUUUUCAAAAUCGAGACUCUGGGUAUCGAAAUGCCGAAAGAGGGCCAGUUGACAAAUGUAGAGGGUCUGGUGCAGCGGAUACACGAGUCUCUUUCGGGCGAGCAGCCCCUUCGCAAGGAACAUGCCCCUGAAGUUCACGAUGCUUUGGAGCCUCUGAUCCAGAAAUUGAAAGACAUUCUGGAUGGAACUGGUUUUCCUUUCACCGUCUCCCUCGAUGACCCUACCGGCAACUCUUGGAUCGCCCCCAACACCUUGGACAAGGGUAACAAAUACAAGAGAACCGAAUAUCCCCGCACCCCAGAACAGAAUGAAGAGCUUGGCCUUAGCGCCGAAACUGAGCCAUCAACCGCAAUUGAGGCCAACCCGGCUACCGGAUAUGGGGAUCCAGACGAUCUCGAUCUUGUCGACGGAGUCUAUACGCUACCUGCACACUGCCCUGGCUGUGCUAAGGAUUGUGUGGUCAAUAUGCAAAAGAUCUCUAUCCCGCAUUUCAAGGAGGUUUUCAUUUGGGCUACUGUCUGCGCCCACUGCGGUUACAAGAGCAACGAAGUUAAGACUGGUGGAGAAAUCCCGGAGAAGGGCAAGAAGAUCACCUUGUCCGUUGAGAAUGAGGUAGACUUGAGUCGCGACGUCCUCAAGUCCAACACCUGCGCCAUGUAUAGUGAGGAGCUUGAGCUUGAAGUGCAAUGUGGUACGCUCGGUUCGCGCUUCACAACCAUUGAGGGCAUUUUGACCGAGAUUCGCGAUCAGCUGUCCUCUACCAUCUAUGAUAUUGAGGAUACUACUACUCGUCAAGGCGGUGAUAGUAUGCCUGAGGCGGAGAAAGGAAAGUGGGCACAGUUCUUUUCGCGUCUCGAUAAGGCGAUCAGCGGAGAGCUCAAAUUUGUGAUCACUCUGGUUGAUCCGCUGGCCAACAGCUACGUGCAGGACCUCUGUGCCCCUGCCGCCGAUCUGCAGUUGAAGGUUGAGGAGUACACUCGUACUGAGGAGGAAGAAGAUGAUCUUGGCCUCAAGGAUAUGAAGACUGAGGGGUACGAGGAAGAUGCGAAGGAUGAGGAAGAGAAAGAGCAGACUGAAGAGAAGUCCGAGGAUAAGCAACAGGCGGUGUCCGCUAUGGAUGACAUGCUUGAUCAAUCCAUGGGUAAAUAG